AUGAGGUGGGAGGAGAGUGGUGGGGAUGGGAUUUUUCUUGUGAGGAAGGAUUUUGGAGCUCGAGUAGUUUUCCAUUUUGCACUCCUACACCCUAAUAGAGUUUCAGCAGUUGCAACACUUGGUGUGCCAUUCCUCCUCACUAGUCCAGGAACAUUUCCUCAGGAUCUCCUUCCAAAAGGUUUCUAUAUGUUGAGAUGGCAGGAACCAGGGCGAGCUAAAGCGGACUUUGGGCGUUUUGAUACAGAAACAAUAGUUAAGAACAUAUAUAUUUUGCUCUCUGAAAGUGCACUGCCAACAGCAAUGUAUGAUGAAGAAAUUAUGGACUUGGUUGAUCCUUCUACUCCAUUGCCUGCCUGGUUUACUGAAGAUCUUGCAAACUAUGCAUCUCUUUAUGAAAACCCAGGCUUACAGACUGCAUUGCAGGUGAGGUUUUUGGCGGGUUGGUUAGAAGAAUAUGGAGUUGAAGAUGUCAAAAUCAAAGUUUCCUCUUUGCUUGUGAUAGGAUUAGAGCACUUCAUUUCAACUGGAAUGGUGAAAGAGUAUGUACCUAAUCUUGAAAUCACAUUCUUACCAGAAGGAAGCCAUUUUGUCCAAGAGCAGUUUCCUGAACAGCAUAUCUCUACUUGUACGUUGAUCAAUAAACAAGGCAAUGGUUAUGCAUGCCUCGGUUCUACAUUAUGUUUCCAGAGACUUUACAGCAACAUUCCCUGUUAUUCUCCAUUGAAUCAUUUUGAAUCUGGCUUGGUCAAAGUAAUUAACAGGCAAAUGGGAUAA